CUUUCUAUCUUGCACUUGUACACCAUUUUAUCAUUUUUAUUAAAGAAUGGUGAAAAAUUCAACAUUUCAACCUGAUUCACUCGACACAAGUCCUCUCAAUGUGUUUGCACUACCUCAAGAAAUAUUGACAACACUUGUACCUUUGAAUGAUGCUGAAACUGGAUCAGUAGUUGACGAUGUAGUGCAUAAACAAGAACAACUGAACUUGGCCAACUUGGAAAAGCUACGUCUUCAGCAGCAACAAAACGACAUUGAGCAACCUGAUGUACUUACUUGUGGGACUUGUCAACAAUCUUUCUCGGACAGAUUGGAUCAUCGUCAACACUUUGGUACUGAUUGGCAUCGCUACAAUAUCAAAAGAAAACUUGUAUUUGAUCAACCUCCUGUUUCCUUGAAUGAAUUUGAAGAUAUGUUAGCAGAUCUUAGUGAUAGUUUAUCGGGAUCUGAUACAGAACAAGAGGAAAGUAGCGACGAUGACAUGGAAGAAAACGGGUCUACAAUGCGUGUUUUGGAAACGAUCGGUGAAGAAGACAAGGUACAAAAUUUAGUAGGGAAGCAACAAUUGGCAUUGGAUGAAGCACAAGCAAUUGAGGACCAAGUAACGGCAUCGACGACCCAGUGGAUAUCAUCGACACCAUUACAAAAGAAAUAUGCAUCGGUCACUUGGUUUAAGGUACCUUCUUUGACUUGUAUCCCUUUCCAUUUGGGUAUAUAUCGUGUUUUACUAGAAUCAAAAAAGAAUAUCUCAAGUGUGGAUGCCAUUCAACGACUUCAACAAUCAUCAGAUCAUGGAAAACAAACACGACUCUGGACUCUUCUUAUGAUGGGUGGUGGUCAUUUUGCAGGUGCCAUCAUCGAUGUCAAUCAAAGCAAGGGAUUAAUGGAGCAGCAACUCAACAAACAAGUCCAUAUUCAUACCCACAAAACAUUCCAUCGAUAUACAACUCGAAGAAAGCAAGGUGGCUCACAAUCAGCAAAUGAUAGUGGAAAGGGAAAAGCAAAUUCAGCAGGUGCUCAAAUUAGACGAUAUAACGAAAUGGCUUUACAACAGGAUAUUCGAGAACUAUUAGAUCAAUGGAAGAAAUAUAUUGAUCAAAGUGAAAUGGUAUUCAUUCAUGCACCAAGCGGAAACAAGAAAAUCAUCUAUGGUUAUGAUAAUGCUGUACUCCGAAAAGAUGAUCCAAAAAUACACAACAUACCCUUUACAACAAGACGACCUACAUUAAAUGAAUUACGACGUAUUUAUCUUGAAUUGACAACGCUUAAAGUGGUACAAGUGGAUGAACAGGCUAUUCAGGAACAUCAACAACGUUUGAAAGAAAAGGAAACUCGACUUCGAGAACGAUUAGAAAAGGUGAAAACAAGCAAUGUGAAGAAACAACCACCAUCAUCGGAUCCGGUACUUGAAAAAUUUUUAGUAUUGGUGAAACAAGGCAAAGUCAAUGUAGUACAAUCCUAUCUUGAUAAACAUCCUGAUCUCCCUGUAGUGGAAAGGUUACCUGAUUCUCUGAUGAGUGAAUAUGGUCGAUAUCCUACGGUAUUACAUAUAGCAGCUUCUCAAGGACAUUCAAAAGUGGUAUCCAUGCUUUUACGUGAUGUGGGAGCGAAUCCAACAAUCAAAAAUGAUAUUGGCAAGACAGCAUAUGAAGUGGCGAAGGAUAAGAUGACACGCAAUGUGUUUCGGCGAUGUAUGUGUGAUCUCCCGGACCGAUGGCCUUGGCUUGUGGAUGCACGUGUACCUAGUCCAUUGACGAUUGAAGACGAAAAAGAACAAUUGGAGAAGGAUCGAAAGAAGAAGGCCAAAGAAGAUGAACGGAAACGAUUGAUGGAAUUAGAACGACAACAAAAAGAAGAUGCAAGAUUGGCCAAGGAAGAAGCGGAAUUAUUGGAACAAAGAUCGAAAAACAAUAAGAAAAAAGGACAAAUGUUGGAUCCAAUGGCACGUGCUCUUCGGGACAAUCAAGUGAACGUGGCGAAUAUGUCACCUGAAGCAAGAAUGCGAUUAGAAAGAGAAAAAAGAGCAAGAGCAGCAGAAGCUCGUUUGAAAAAGAAAUGAUAUUUUGUAGUUUAUAUUAUACCUUUUUGUAAUUCAAUAAAAUCUUUUUUUUAAUUUU